UUUUCCAGGAAACUCCCGGUAUGCUAAGAGGGGUGGUGGAGAGGGAGAACGAAGAGGAGAAAGCGGGUAGAGGAAGAAAUCACCGCCGCUAUUGGAAGUUGCAGCGACAACGGUGAUUUUGGUAGAUCCGUUUCUGAAUGCUUCUUCUCAAGUUCCCUCUGUCUCAGUCUUACUCUUUAGUAGAGUGCUUGUUGCACUUAGAGGUGCUCCUUUUCUCGUCUGGGCAGAGCAAACGCCUAUUGCCUCAACUUCUCCUUGACAAGAAAACACAAGAAUCAAGUCACCUUGGUGGGCAAUGAUUCACGGACUCUCAACAGCUCUGAAGUGGAAGGACAAGCCAACAGUUGAGACAUUUGUGACAUCUCAAACUUUUAGUUCCUAAAGACUGAAGGAGCCUGGACACUAUUUGUUUCUGAAUUUUGAUAUAAAUAAUGGAUAUAUCUACAAUGAACCGUGGACAGCUCACUAUUUUGGGAUCUGCAUUCUCUGUGAUGCUUACAAUGCAUUUCACAGUUCAACUCCUAUCACAGCACCUUUUCUACUGGAAGAACCCAAAGGAGCAAAAGGCCAUAAUAAUCAUCAUUCUCAUGGCCCCUAUAUAUGCUAUUGACUCCUUUGUUGGUUUAUUGGAUAUUCGGGGAAGCAAGCCAUUUUUCAUGUUUUUGGAUUCAAUAAAGGAAUGUUAUGAGGCUCUGGUGAUUGCUAAAUUUCUGGCUUUGUUGUACAGUUACUUGAAUAUAUCCAUUAGUAAAAACAUAGUUCCAGAUGAAAUCAAAGGAAGAGAAAUUCACCAUUCAUUCCCAAUUACUCUUUUCCAGCCGCGCACUGUUCGACUGAACCACCAGACAUUGAAGCUUCUCAAAUACUGGACUUGGCAAUUUGUCAUCAUCCGGCCUGUGUGCUCUGUCUUAAUGAUAGCACUUCAACUUCUGGGCCUGUACACCAAUUGGGUCAGCUGGACAUUCACCAUCAUUCUCAAUAUUUCAGUUUCACUAGCUUUGUAUUCUCUUGUGGUCUUUUACCAUGUCUUUGGGAAGGAGCUGGAACCACACAGGCCUCUUGCCAAAUUCCUGUGCAUAAAAGGGAUAGUUUUCUUUUGCUUUUGGCAGGGAGUUGCACUUGAGAUACUUGCUGCAAUGGGAAUCAUUAAAUCUAAUCACUUCUGGUUAGAUGUAGAGCAAAUUGAGGAAGCCUUGCAAAAUGUCUUAGUCUGUCUUGAGAUGAUUAUAUUUUCAGUUUUCCAGCAGUAUGCAUACCCCGUCACACCUUACAGUGGAGACGUGGCAUCAAAGCUUCUAUCAGACAAGAAGAAUGAAUGACAUAAGAGAGGUGCAACUGCAGGCAGGCAGGCAAUUAAUUUUCAUGCAAUAGUAAGCUUAAGAGAUCUUGGCUUCUGUCAAUAUUGCUGGAGGCUUGGUGAUUUAUGAAUAUCUUCCAUUUUAUUGAACUAAACAUGCUCAUUUGGAAUCUCAUCCGUAUUUUCACCUCCAUAGAUCCCCAGUACAAGUUUUUAGUUAAUAACAAAAUCUAAAUAUAGCUCAUCAAAAUGCUGUUAUAGCCUUAUUACAGUAAUUUCCAAUUAGUUCUGUAACUAAUCAGUUGUGGUACACUCUUAUUUCUACCAUCAGUUCUGCAACUUCUAUAGAAUACAGUACUGGAGAUUGGAGUAA